CGAGGGAGUGGACGAGGGGAAAGCUGACGGCUACUGUAACUCACUGCAUGAGAGGAGCGUCGCUGAAAUCGUUUGAAUACAAUACACAAGUAACCUGCGCUUUUCUAUCCGUAUACAUCUUGGACCUUCUGUCUGGUGCUUCUGUUUGAGUUUUUUGUGCAUUUCUCUGUGAAAUAAGAGUAGGCUAUUUCGAGAGCUGCAUUGCAAAUCAUUUCUCUUCCGUCUUUCUGGGACUUUGUAGUUCAUGUCUGAGGAUUCAACCCCAGAACGCAAUAAUGUAACUGAAUCAAAUACUUUCCCCCCGGGACAAAUAGGCCGAGCUACACAGUGUUGAUUGAAGCAACCGAUUGAGACAGUCAUACGCUCGUGUUCCAAGUGAGGAUCAGCUCAAAGCAUAUCCAAAACGCAUUACUGUUCCAAUGGAUUCCUGAAAAGGGGCGUACCAUAUGCAAGAACCAGACAUUGCGGGCAGAUCAUUCUACUACAUUCUGUACUGUAAAGUUGACUGGCUGCUGGAACUAGAAAUGUAUGUUAGAAUAGCACAAUUUCUUUGACCCGAUUAAAUAUUUGAAUGCGCAUGUUUUUAAAAGAAAACAGUGUUUCCACAUGCUCUUAUUGGAAUAGGCUAUGUCAGUUGGAAAUACGAUUUGAUUACUUUGUAUUAUUUUCUACCACGGCUGGAACAAGCGUUGCUAUGCAGAUCAUGCACUGUUGGCCAAUGUUAGCGAUACAUUUGAUCGUCUGACACCAUAUCUCAUUUUAGGGGAUAUCUUUUAGACUGUCUCAACCAACUAUUGGAAAUGUAUUUUGCGUAAACAGCUUUUUGGAUAUUACAAAACCAUGAUGGCAAACGAGAAUCCUUAUAACAGUCGCUUUAUUGUCGAAAAAUACAUCCAUCACAAACUGUUGAAAAUGGGAUUUGUAUGGACAUUUCAAGGAGAAAACGAUUCUCCAAAUAAUGGCUUUGGGGACCCCUCUACACUCAACUCCCCCUUAGUUUUUGCACGAAGGUCCCAGCCCACUGCCGCGGGAGAGGACACCGACUCUCCUUUCCAAAACAGGAGUCCGCAACCUGACCCACAUGCCAGGCUCCACAGGGUCCUGCGCGAGGCGGGUGGCGAGAUUGAAAGAAUGUAUCAGCGGGACUUUACAGAGAUGUCGGGGCAGUUGCAUUUUACACCCAGCACGGCACAGAGAAGGUUUACCGCUGUAAUAGAUGAGCUCUUCAGCGACGGGGUAAACUGGGGUCGGAUUGUGGCUUUCUUUGAGUUUGGAGGGACAAUGUGCGUGGAGAGCGUCAACCGGGAGAUGACGUCCCAAGUAGACAACAUCGCUCGUUGGAUGACGGAGUACUUGAACGGACCCCUACAGAACUGGAUCCAGGAGAAUGGUGGCUGGACCCUACCCUCCAUGCCUGCUGGGAUGACUCUACCGACUGGCAAACCAACAUGUAGAAACCUUCGAAGAUGACGGCAGUCAAAUGCAACCGCCGGAUGGUUGAACCGACGAACGGUAGAUGAACGCGCCGAAUGAACGGCAGAUGAACAGAAGAUGAACGGCAGAUGAAUGGUUAACAGACAGUCCGUGUG